GUUCCAGGAAGCAAUCCAUAUCCAAUGUGUAGACUCGGGGUCGGCCAGUCGGGCUAGUCAAUUACAGACAGGGCCGACGGUCCAGGCCGAGUGCCGUCGGCACCUUCUGCCAUGUGCAUUGUCCAUUGCGCGUCCUGCUUUCACUUAGUUCAUGUAUCUAACAUGAACUCGGUCGCCAUCCGAAGCUGCGGAGCUUGGUGAAUGGUGAGCGUCUCCGGCACUCUGUAGUAGUUUCUUCUCCAGGGAGUAAGGGGCUUUGUCUUGCAGAGUUUAGGUCCUGUUCUUUUCUUAUGAACUUUGUUUUAUGUCUGUAACCUCAGCCAUUUCAAGGGCUUUCCCUCUUCUAAUCUAACACAUGCAGUGUUCCUGCAUGGUUAAAAAAAAGGAGAAUUUAUGUUCGACGCGUGAUUCGCUUCGAUUUAGUUCAUGUAUGUACGUGCCUCUAGGAUGUUUGAUGAAAUCUCUCCUAAUUGUGACCCCCUUUAAUUUUUCAUCUUUUGUGUGGGUGUACGCCUUCACUUGCUGAUGAUGUUCAACAGGUAGUGCACUUGAUGCUCUGACUGAAUCUCACUCUGUUGCUCCUUCUGAACUACUAGCAAUUUCUGAAGUUUUCAAUAGGGAAAAUAGUAUGUACCUAUCUAUGUCUAAGUCAUGGAAGGCGAGACCCCGGGAACAUCCAUGAAAUUUCUGUAGCAUCGGCCGAUGAUACUUGCAUGCAAUAUUUUAGUACCCACGAUAGUUCUUAACUACAUACCAUGAUUAUGUAACUCACAUGUCAACGGAUGCACCGCUUCGAGAGAAAGAUGUCAUCAGAAGGCAACACUUGAGAUGACAGACACAAAAACUAGAAAUCUGUAGAUAUGCGUGUAUAAGUUGCUUGUUGACAUUAUCAGUGUUUGCCUGGUCAUUAAAGGAUCGGGCAAGAACUCAAGACUUGGGCAUGUUAUGUCAUCUGGAUCAUAAUAUUUAAGGUAGUAGAAUAGGGAUGCUUUAUUUAGUUGACCCAGACUUUUGGUGGCAGCAAACUUAUUCAAUUGAAGCUGUCUUACUCUUGUGCUGUAGCUGAUCAGUUUCAGAACCAUUCAGACAUAUACGAGGAAAUCCCCCCUGACAUACAGCACACCUUUCUUUCAUUAGUUGGCCUCGGUCCAAGUUGUCCAAACUCCCAUGACAGAAGCUAACUAGCAGAAACCUCACCCAUUGGCGGAAUAAUUCUGGCAUACCUUUGCCGUCGUACAAAUCUCUCUAUAUAGUGCAAAGCGUCAUAUGUUGUGUACAAAGCACAUUGACGUACAGGACUGUAUAACGGAUCGAUCAUGGGUGCCUCUUUGUCUCGCGGCCGACCAAACAAAGGGCAGAGCAAGAAAUGCAAGGGGGCAGUGGCGCCAGUAGCAUGGCCUGUGUCACCUUCUCCCAUGCAGCAGACAACUUUCAAGUGGAGGAUCGAUGGUUUCUCAUCUCUUCUUGAUAAAGAUGAAGGAUGGAUCCAAUCCAGCGUGUUUGGGAUCAGCGGGCUCAACUGGUAUUUAAAACUGAAUCCAAGGGACAGAAAGAGCGGCGAUAAAAGUGAAUACGUUUCUCUUAGGCUUAGGCUGGACGAUUUCUCUGUGAGAUCAGACACAGUCGUGGAGGCAUCUUUCAAGUUCCUUAUUUAUGAUCAGUCAUACGGGAAGCACUAUGAACAUCAAGUGAGCCACACUUUCCAGUCUGAAAGCACAAGCUCUGGGACCUCAUGCAUGAUUCCCCUCAGCACACUGAAGGAACAGUCCUCUGGGUUCCUCGUCGGCAAUAGCUGUGUUUUCGUUGUGGAGUUCAUCAAAGUUGUCACUUCUAAAGCUAAUGAUACGAUAGAGACGCUGUUUGUCCAGAAGACGAACAACACCUUCAGUGAUCCUGAUGUCUACACCUGGAACAUUGAGGACUUCUUUGCGCUCAAGAGUCGGGACUACUCCCCAAAUUUUGAAAUCAGUGGACACAAAUGGUACAUCACUAUCAAACCAUCCGGAUCCGGUGACAAUGGGAACUUCCUCUCCUUGACCCUGAACAUGAAGAAGCCACAUACACUUCCUCGGAACCGUGCAAUCCUGGUAGAAUUUAGCAUAUGUAUCAAAGACCAGGAAACUGGCAAGCACAAGAAACAAACAGGACGGUGCCAGUUCGGAGAGAAUUCUACCAAAUGGGGAUGGAGCAAGUUCAUAACGCUGGAAAAUUUCAAGGACCCGUCAUAUGGUUAUCUGGUGAAAACAAAGUGUUGUAUUGAAGUUGAGAUUGCUGUCAUUGGUUCCUCAAAGAUGGAUCCAAUCACUGGUUCCUCAAAGAUGGAGUAGGUUAUUCGUCUCCAAGUAUGCUCACGUAUGUAUGCAUGUGUGUGUGUGUGCGCCCGUGGGUGCGUGUAUUUUGGUGAAUUGCAGUUGUGCUAAGUAUUUUCGUUUGUUUACUUGUUUUGUUGUGUUGAAUGUAUGAAAAGUGCAAAUACCCAAUAAAGACUGAAGAGUCAGGUUGUUCAGUGA